AUGGAAAAAAGAAAUUUGGGUUUGUUAGAGAGAAUUAUUAAGAAAUUAAAGACAAAAAGUCUAGUUAAUAAGUCAUCUUUAUGGCAUGUAUUAAUUCUACCAUUCUUUAAAAACAGAAGUUCUUUACUGAUGCAAGCAUAAUGGUUUUAAUAAAAGGUAAAAUUUUUAGAUCAUUCAAAGUUAGAGAAAUCACCUAGAUUGUAAAAUAUGAAUAAAAUACUAGAAUAGGCCUUUAAGAUAGACUAACUAAAUUCUGGAUAAUGA